AUGGGCGUAUAUGAUGGAGUCACAGCACUAGGUAUAGCCGAAGACGACACUAACGGCGAUGUGGAGGGGGCUUCGGAAGAUUCGACCUCGGUUGAUGAUGGGUAUACAAUAUCCGGGAAGGUGGAAGAGAAAAUGGAGGAGGACACUCCUGCACUGCUGGAAAAUGUCGAGCUCGCGGACAGCAGUGGUGACUGUGAAGACGUUGUCGUUGGCGAUGGUGACUGUGAGGAUGUUGUCUGCACAGUACUCGAUGUUGUGGCCAUUUGCGAUAUAUGCGUCGAAUAA